CAGUUGCCGGCCGGCCAACGUGUCGUACGGAGGCUCUGCAGUAUUCCUGACUGAGCAACCACAUCCCACGCCGCUACAUGACGGUCAUCAUGUGAUGUCGUUAAGUGUGUGCGUGUGUCUGCUGUGUCGUGACGUUACUCCAUGUGUGCGUGUUGGAGACGUGACGGGCUGAAACUAACAUCCUCACAGCUUUGAGUGGGAUGAGUAAUGAGUGUCAUGCAGCAGGAGGUGUGAGGGAGGUGGGCGGAGGUGAACAAGUAGCGAGAGUGAGCGGUAUUGUGAGGUGAAGGAAGGAAGGAGGGAGAGAGAGUGAGGCAAGAUGGAUUUUUAUAGUUUAUACAGCGAGUGUCCCAGUAUCAUGCUUGGCCUCUCCGUCGGCGCUGGCCUCAUCGUCUACUACUUGCUGGAGGUCGUCAGGCGGCCUCAGUUGACGUGCAGACGAAGUGAGUGGCGAAGGUUUCUGGAGACCCACCUCACUAUCCUGCAGGAGAAGUACUGGCCCACACCCUGGUGCUAUGAGUCUCACUGCCAGACCGUGUUGGCUUCCCUCCUGCGGCUCAGACUGCCAGAUAUCACGUACAAGAGGGAAGUGUUGCAACUGAAGGACGGAGGGCAGAUCAGCUUGGACUGGUUGGCGGGGGUUGAGGUGGGUGCUGGUAGUCCCAUCGUGCUGGUGUUGCCAGGGUUGACGGGGUCCUCCCAGAGCGAGUACGUCAAGGGCUUGAUGCUGGCCGUACGACACCUGCCAGCUCGAUGCGUAGUCCUCAACAACCGUGGUAUUGGUGGCGUAAGACUCAUGACCACGAGGACCUAUUGUGCCGCCAACAGUGAUGACCUGGAGGAGGCGCUGCAGUACCUCAGUAGCACCCACCCCGGCGUGCCCAUAGUGGCCAUCGGGAUAUCUCUAGGGGGAAUGAUCACGGGGAACUACCUGACGACGCGGGGUGAGCGGGCCGCCAAGUACCUGACUGCGGCAGUGGUAAUGUCCAUCCCUUGGAACAUGGUGCUGGGUUUGAGCAGCAUGGAGAAGCCUCUCUGCAACCUGCUGCUCAAUCGCUACCUCGCCCACUGCCUCUGUCAACUCGCGGACAGUAUGAGCUACCAACUGGCCGGCGACCAACACAAGUGGAACCUCAAACAAGUUAUGAAGAGUAAAACCAUCCGGGAGUUUGAUACACAGUUCACGGCGAUGCAGUUUGGGUUCCGUGACGCCGAGGACUAUUACCUCUCCUCCUGCCUUCACGACAAGCUGGACCGUAUCAAGAUUCCUCUACUGUGUCUCACUGCUGCUGAUGACCCCUUCCAGCCUUUACACGCCAUACCUCUGGAGGCGGCGAAGAGGUCGAGUCAUGUGGCCAUCAUCGUGACGGCUCGGGGUGGCCACAUAGGGUUCAUGGAGGGCGUCCUACCCACCACCUACUACUACAGUGACCGUCUAAUAAGUCAGCUCCUCGCGGCCAUCUUCAGCAACGUCGACCAGUUGAAACAAAUCAGGAAGGAGGCUGACAACUUUGCCAGCGCCGUCUUUAACAACAUCGAUGGGAAGUUAGAGUCCGAUGAUAACGUCGACGGGAAGAUAGAGUCCUAUGAUAACGAUGAUAACGUCGACGGGAAGAUAGAGUCCUAUGAUAACGAUGAUAACGUCGACGGGAAGAUAGAGUCCUAUGAUAACAUCAACGGGAAGAUAGAGUCCUAUGAUAACAUCAACGGGAAGAUAGAGUCCUAUGAUAACAUCGACUUCUAUGAUCACGUCGACGGGAAGAUAGGGUGCUAUGAUCACGUCGACGGGAACAUAGAGUCCUCUAAAAAGGUCGACGGGAAGAUAGAGUCCUGUGAUAACAUCGACGGGAAGAUAGAGUCCUAUGAUAACACCGACGGGAAGAUAGAGUCCUAUGAUAACACCGACGGGAAGAUAGAGUCCUAUAAUAACAUCGACGGGAAGAUAGAGUCCUAUGAUAACAUCGACGGGAAGAUAGAGUCCUAUGAUAACAUCGACGGGAAUAAGGCGAACGAGACACGCGAAUACGACAAUGCCAUUCAUGACAACGUUGACGCCGCCACUCAGAAAUCUUCCAAUAACUCUGAAGACACGGAGGAGACGACGAAGGGGGAGAAGGAAGAGUACAACACCGCCGAACUUAAGAGAGGCGUUGGUGAAGUGUCUUAACAGAGGAAGCCGCGUAUACCACCACUGAACAACAUAGGAAUUCAACUGAUAACUCAACCGGGAUAAAAAUAUUUGGUUUUAUUGAGUAAACAAACAACUGUGUGAAUACGAAACAAAUGAAAGAACAGAAGAUAAGAAAGAAAGUGGGUAGUGAAUGAGGAGGAGGAGGAGGAGAAAACAGGAGAAUGACAGAUAAAAGAAAGAGACACUGACAAAGAACAAGGUGGACAGAGAAAAGAGAAGAAGGGGGUAGUAUAACCAGAUAAAGGAGGAAUGUAGAGAUGGACAAAAAUAGUGCAUGACAAAAAGCAAAGGAGAAGAAGAAGAAAUUGUGAUAAAGAACAGUGUGUAACAAAGACCAAAAAAAUAAUAACGGAAUAAAUAGUGGCAGUAAAACAAGGUGUGAAGACAAAAUGACAACAAAACAUAAAUAUAAAAUAAAUAGACGAUAAAAGUCAUAAAAUAGCAAUAAAUAGAUGAAACAGGGACCAGACCGGGAUGGGAAAAAAUAAUAGUCAAACGCUUGAGUCUCUGUGGAGUACUGUCGCCAUUCUGUAACCACUAGUGCGUGUAACAAGUUAGAUAAAUACGCCUUUCGUUAUCAGUUAGGGAGGAUGUUAUUAGUCUUGUGUCGUAACUUAAAUGAGUUCUUUAAUUGGCCAGUUAGAGGGGAGUUGUGGUAGUUACUUUUUAUGAAACAACGAGAGGUUUUAUGAAGAGGCAAUUUUACCUGUUAUGCAAAAAGAUAUUAUUGAUUCAGGUGCUUUUUUUAGCCCUUUCAGCACGAGGGAGUUAAACCAUAGUGAUCAAAAGACUAAAAUAAUCGUCCUCAAAUGGUUAAACCACCGUCCUCGAAAGGGUUAAAUCAUCAUCCUCAAAAAGGGUUAAAACGUAGUAAUUAAAAGGUUAAAACAAGUCCUUAAAAGAGUUAAACCAUAAUCCUCAAGGAGUUAAAACCAUCGUCCUCAAGGAAUUAAACUAAAAGAAUGGUGGUCCUGUUUAUAGCCUCAAAGAUGCUUACGAUAAAAUAUUCCUCGUAAAUUAUUAUGUAUACAGGUAACUUGAUCGACUUAGGAGCUACGACGCUAAAAUAAGUCAAAAUGGUGACAAAACUGCACAGACUCUACAUUAGUGAUUAGGUAUGUUGUUUCAUUCCAAGUUAAUACGGAGAUAAAAUAAAACGUAUAAUUUAUUGUGAAUCUGAGUGUAUGCUAGAGGAAAUAGUUGAGUGUUAGGUGACAGAGAGCUGGAUCCCUGGUGCAUGAGGACAACAGGUAUAAACAUUAACGAACGAGUGUCUGAUUGGCUGUUGACUGGCCAAUCACCGAGAUGUGGGAAUAAUUAUUCAAUGAGUUAAGUAUUAAAUAUAAUUAAUUAUUUAUAAGAUCUCAAUAAAUAAAUACAUAGUCUCUCUCUUUUAUGCUAAUAUGUAUGAAACAAUUUUUUCGCCCGCGGAAUGUUGACAAGCGGGCGGUAAUUUUAUUCUUCUUUCAAUAAAUAUCAAAUAAAACUAAGAUUAUAUGAGUGA